AUGCUUCCCGGCCUACACAUCGGCGGGUUCGAUCUGAAUAGCCACCGGGACUUUCAACUGGAGAUUAUCCUGCACCUGAGCUCAAAGAUGCUGGGGUGGAUCAAGAAGCUCCUGGGAAUUUCGCUCAUUUCAUCGCAGUAUCAACCCGGAUCGUUGUCGACUGAAGAGAUGUGGACUGGUGGGAGUGGGAUGCCCCAAGGAAACGGCAGCGGCGGCGGUGGCGGAGGGAAGGGUGGGGAACGCCCGAUUCUGGACAAUGAAUCUACGUCGGCGUUGCUGGAGGUCAUGUUAAAACAGAAUGAUCUUGGAUAUUUCAAUGAGGCCAAUGGGGGCGCAGCAUCGGUCAAGCAGACAUUGCAUGAUAUUCAUGAGAAAUUGAGUGAGAUAAUGUGA